AUGAUCUUUAUUCAUGGUGGCAACUUUCAGUUUACCGAUGCUUCACAACCGGUCUUCGAAUCUGAACAUCUGGUUAAUACAACAAAUGUAAUAGUAGUAUUGAUUCAAUAUCGUCUUGGUGUACUUGGCUUCUUUGCAACUGGAACCGGUCCCAAUGAUAUCAAAGGUAACUAUGGUAUACUCGAUCAACGCUUGGCUAUUGCUUGGGUAAAAGCCAAUAUUGAUGCAUUCGGAGGUGAUCCAAAUGAGAUUACACUAUUUGGUCAAAGUGCUGGUGCUCAAUCUACUGCUCUACACUAUGUCACAAGUGAAAUGCAGCUAUUUUUUCAGCGAGCUAUCAUUCAGAGCUCACCGAUGACAAUUCAAUUUAGAACAUAUUUGGAAUAUGUCACACCCGGUACUCUCCUUGCCGAACAACUUCAUUGUGCCAUCGGCAAUGUGACAUGCUUUCGAACCCGUUCAACAAAUGAGAUCAUUGCUGCUCAAAAUAUUGUGAAUAAGAUGCUUACUUCAUUGGAUAUUCUGUUCUUUUUCGAACCAUGGACACCUGUUAUCGACAAUGUGAUUGUUCAUGGUCAACUUCUGGACAUUGUCCGUAAUAUAUCAUUUCCACUAAAACCACUUAUCAUUGGUACAGUCAUAGAAGAAAGUCUGGAUUUUGUUUACGGAACAUGGCAAAAACCAUUAUCACCUAGUGAAUAUAUCGGAAUAGGUUUGAUCAUCUUUCGAGAAAACGCAUUCAAAGUUCUUAAGCAAUAUCCACCGGAUAGUUCGGAUGAUCAGCGACCAUUACUAUCUCGCGUUGCCACACAAUGGGUGUUCGCCUGUUCAACACGAGUCUUUGCUCGUAAAGCUGCAUCGUAUUAUUACGUCUUCAGUUAUCCAUUCGACACAAUAAAUUCGAAAAAUCGUAUACAAUGUAGUAAUCAUGCUUGUCAUGGUGAUGAACUACCGUUUACUUUUGAAUCACAUUGGGACAAUUUUACUGAUGCUGGUCGUCGCGUAUCUCAAAGUAUGGCUACCUAUUGGACUAAUUUCGCAAAGAGUGAAGAUCCUAAUGAACCACUGAAAGUGUCAAUACCAUGGCCACGUGUAACGACUGGCAAGGAAACGUAUAUGUACUUUCAAGAUCCCCUUUACAUUGGCCAAAACUAUUUGAAGAGUGAUUGUGACUUUUGGGAUAAAAUUGGCUAUAAAAACUAUUUCCUUGAUUAA